AUGGCUUUCGGGACUGAAAGACACUGGAGCGGAUGGAACUUCUUCAUCUGCUUCAUGGUGUCCCUGGGACAGAUCGCGUUUGGCUAUCCCGCAUCCAUCAUCGGCGUCACACUCGCCCAACCCUCAUUUCUAAUCUAUAUGAAUCUGCUUGAUGUCACGCAAGACCCGCCAGCUUGGCUCAAGGUUUUCCAAGCGGGCGCCGCCAUCAAUGUCUUUGCCGCUGGAUACGUGGCCGAUCGCUGGGGUCGGAAAGCUGCUCUGCAUUACUGUGGCCUUCUGUCCCUCUUCGGAGGGGCAAUGCUUACAGGGUCCCAUAAUGUCGCCACAUUCAUUGUGGCCCGAUUCUUCGCAGGGGCGGGAAGUUGGGGCUACCUCGCAGUUACACCCUUCUAUAGCGCUGAGCUUGCACCUCCUGGCCUACGUGGACUAAUGGUCGGCAUGAACGGUGUCAACAUUGCCCUGGGAUACGCCCUGGCCUCAUACAUGGGCUUGGCAUUCUACUAUGUGGAUAACCCAGGCGCCCAGUGGCGCGCUCCUUUGGGAAUUGCCUUAAUUUGGCCGUUCAUGAUGAUUCUUGUCUGCUUUGUUAUUCCGGAAUCACCUCGCUACCUGCUCAUGAAAGGUCGAAUCGAAGAAGCCCGCGAAGUGGUCUACAAACUGCACGGCAAAAAGGACGACCCCGACAACGAGUUUGCUCGGGGGGAAUUCUAUCAAAUGUCUAAGCAAGCCGAGCUGGACAGGACCCUAGAGCCUGGCUGGAUUGAAAUGUUUCGCCGUCCCAGCUACCGCAAGCGAACCUUUCUUGCCAUGGGCUUUGCCUUUUUCGGUCAAUCUACUGGUGUGCUGGUUUUGAAUAACUAUGGUCCAACCAUCUAUGCGGCACUUGGGUACGAUACUCUGUAUCAGCUGAUCUUCCAAUGCGGCUGGAUUACUGUCGGUAUUCUCGGUAAUCUCAUAGGCGCCUUGAUCAUGGACUGGACAGGUCGGAAACCUCUACUUGUUUUCGGUCUUGCUGGCUGUUGCGUCUCGCUGAUCCUGGAAGCUGCCAUGGUCAGCUCUUUUGCGGAGGAGGCUACCAACAAGGCGGGACUUCGAAUGGGAGUUGCAGCGGCAUAUCUCUUCCUGCUGGUCUAUUCCAUCGGUAUUGACGUUGCUGGGGUCGUCUUCUACUCGGAGCUCUUCCCUAACCACUUGCGGGCAAAGGGUUUAGCUCUGAGUAUUGGCGUUAUUGCUGUUACAGAUCUCGUAUACCUACAAGUUGCUGCAACGGCAUUCGCCCAUAUUGGAUGGAAAUUCUAUCUUGUCUUCAUCAUCAUCUCUGGCCUGGGCACAAUCUUUGCGUACAUCUUCCUGCCCGAGACCAAGAACAUCCCUCUCGAAGAGAUGGCCAAACUAUUCGGUGAUGAAGUUGUUGUCUACGCUGAAGACCUUCACAUCGAUCGCGGCACCAAUGAGCUCAUUGUUGAUACACAUGGGGUUGCCAAUGGUGGCCAGGUCCACCCUGUGGCGACCGAGGCAGGUGCCUCCGGACGAGCCUAUGCAGACCCAGAAAAGCCUGUAGUGGGCCGGGUUGAGAACCUUGAGCCCACCCGAAGUAGUAGAUAG